UUUGUAUGUCAAAAGAAAAACACAUAAUUAUUAGUAAAGAACAAAACUUGUCAGAUCUAUUACCUUCGAUUCUCUGAGCUGACUUCCUGAUCCUCAAAAAUGGACGCUGAAGCGGAACACAGUACCCCAUCCUAUGCCAUCUUCUUAGGAGCCAUGGGCGCCGCCUGCGCCAUUAUUUUCCCAACACUGGGUGCUGCCUAUGGAACUGCUGCAUCCGGCGUUGGCAUUUCCGUUAUGGCGAUCAGCAGACCGGAUCUGAUCAUGAAGUCCAUCAUCCCAGUGGUAAUGGCGGGAAUUAUUGCCAUUUACGGCCUAGUGGUUGCCGUACUGAUUGCCGGUGCCAUUACAGACGAAUAUACUCUGCAGAUGAGUCAUGUUCAUAUUGGAGCCGGUCUGUCAGUGGGUUUUCCCGGUCUGGCGGCCGGAAUAGCCAUUGGAAUUGCCGGCGAUGCUGGGGUCCGUGGAAAUGCUCAGCAGCCGAAGCUGUUUAUUGGAAUGAUUUUAAUCUUGAUCUUUGCCGAGGUCCUGGCGCUAUACGGACUUAUUGUAGCCAUUUACUUGUAUACCAAAAAUCCAUAA